GCCUCCGCGGCGCUUAGGAGGAGCAAGCAUGUCGUCCACGGCGGCCGCUCGUAAGCGGGGAAAGCCGGCCUCGGGGCCCGGGGCCGCCGCAGGGCCGGGCAAGCGGCGGCGAAAGGCCGACUCCGCUGGAGACAGGGGCAAGCCCAAGGGUGGCGGCAAGAUGAAUGAGGAGAUCUCCAGCGACUCUGAGAGCGAAAGCGUGGCUCCAAGGAAGGAGGAGGAGGAGGAGGAAGAGCUGGAGGAGACUGCACAGGAGAAGAAGCUGCGCUUGGCCAAGCUCUACCUUGAGCAGCUCAGGCAGCAAGAGGAGGAAAAGGCUGAGGCCCGUGCAUUUGAGGAGGACCAGGUGGCAGGGCGUCUGAAGGAGGACGUGCUCGAGCAGAAGGGCAGGCUGCAGAGGUCCGUGGCAAAGGAGAUCCAGGCGCCAGCCCCCACCGACAUUCGAGUUCUCCGGGGCCAUCAGCUGUCUAUCACGUGUCUGGUCAUCACCCCUGAUGACAAGGCCAUCUUCUCUGCUGCCAAAGACUGCACCAUCAUUAAAUGGAGCGUGGAGAGCGGGCGGAAGCUGCACGUGAUCCCUCGAGUCAAGAAGGGUGCCGAGGGGCAGCCUCGUGGCCACAGCAGCCACGUCCUCUGCAUGGCCAUCUCCUCGGAUGGCAAGUACCUUGCCUCGGGUGACCGUAGCAAGCUCAUUCUGAUCUGGGAGGCCCAGAGUUGCCAGCACCUGUACACCUUCACGGGACACCGGGACGCCGUGUCGGGGUUGGCGUUCCGCAGAGGCACCCACCAGCUCUACAGUACGUCCCACGACCGCUCCGUGAAGGUGUGGAACGUGGCAGAGAACUCGUAUGUGGAGACACUGUUCGGGCACCAGGAUGCCGUGGCCGCCCUGGACGCCCUGUCCCGGGAGUGCUGCGUGACUGCUGGGGGCCGGGAUGGCACCGUGCGCGUGUGGAAGAUCCCUGAGGAGUCUCAGCUCGUCUUCUAUGGCCACCAGGGUUCCAUCGACUGUAUCCAUCUUAUCAACGAGGAGCACAUGGUGUCAGGCGCAGAUGAUGGCUCGGUGGCCUUGUGGGGCCUCUCCAGGAAGCGGCCACUUGCCCUGCAGCGUGACGCCCAUGGGCUGCAGGGGGAGCCAGGCCUGGAGCAGCCCUACUGGGUGUCGUCGGUUGCAGCCCUACUGAACACAGACCUCGUGGCCACAGGCUCCCACAACUCCUGUGUGCGGCUUUGGCAGUGUGGGGAGGGCUUCCGGCAGCUUGACCACCUCUGCGACAUCCCCCUGGUAGGUUUUGUCAACAGCCUUAAAUUCUCCAGUGCUGGGGACUUCUUGGUGGCUGGAGUAGGGCAGGAGCACAGGCUUGGCCGGUGGUGGCGGAUCAAAGAGGCCCGGAACUCAGUGUGCAUCAUCCCCCUCCACAGAAGCCCCGCGCCCCCAGCUGCUGGCUCCUGACAUUCACCCUCCUUAUUUAAGUACUUCCCAGGCCCUGCCCCCAUCUUUGUAUUAAAGUCUUCCAUUUUGGA